AUGUGUAUCGAGAAAUUGUUCUUCUUGAUUGCGGUGACGUUUGCUUUGGCGUGGAGUGGAGAAGCUUCACCAUUGAGCUGCGAUUGGACUCCGAACGUCACAGCAACUCAAGACGGUACCGGCAACUACCUAACCAUCAAAGAAGCAUUGAGUUCUGCCCAGGACUACAACAAUUUCAGUUGUUAG